AUGGCCAACAUUGAUCCCGGUGCACACCGUAGAUACAAGGAGAAAAAGAUACUAACUAACCACCCAGCAGCUACCCACGAUGCCCACGAGGCUGAACAGAAUGUGGUGAUGUGCGAAGAAGAGAAAGAAUCGGAAGAAAAUGUGACCGGCAGUGCUGCUGCUGCUGCUAGUGCUAAUAGUAGUACUGCAGAGAAUACUGCCACGGCGCACAGUACUACACCACCAUCACUCGCACGACGUGACCCGAUCGAGCUGGAAACUGAGGACAAGCUGGAGUACCGCUUUGUGCCGGCCGGUAACCGCGUGGUCAACUUCAAGGUACGUGCACCGAACGAUGCACACAUCGCGCUCACCACCAACCCACAUGAAUCCGACCCGAUGCUGGAGGUGUUUAUCGGUGGCUGGAAGAACACGAAAUCGGUUAUUCGCAAGAACCGCACCAAGCCAGACGUUGCCGAGGUAGAAACGCCCGACAUUCUCAAUGCCGGAGAGUUCCGUGGAUUCUGGAUCCGUUGGUUGGACAAUGUGAUCACGGUCGGAAUGGAAGGAUCUGCGGCCGCCUUUUUGUCGUUCGAAAACCCGGAACCGUUCCCGAUCAAUUGUGUCGGUUUUUGUACCGGUUGGGGUGCCAGCGGUUCGUGGCUGAUUGAGCCGGCUUCGGAACAGGCUAGUCCAUCCGCACCGACGGCCGCUGCGUUGCAUGGUGGUGGUGGUGCUGCCUGUUGGGUUGCGGCCGCCAACGGUGAAAUCCCCCCGAAUGCCGUCGUCGGCGGUGCGGAUGGGGAGGACAUGUAUAUUGGACGUGCCCAGCACGAGGGUGGUAUUAUCCCGGGUAAGGUGGUAGCAUCCCACGGUGUGUGCUACAUUGCGUGGGGUGGUGUCGAAAACCCGAAGGCAGAGUACGAAGUGUUGUGCGAUUUCCGUGGGGAGUUUGUGCCGGUCGCCGGUGGUGACAUACCACCGACCGCAUUACCAGCGGGUGAGUCCGAGGAUGGUGAACCGCUGUUCAUUGGGCGUGUUAUGCACGAGGGCACGCUGACGGUGGGCAAGGUACAACCUUCGCAUGGCGUUUGCUACAUUCCGUACGGUGGCCAGGAGCUCGCGUUUGCCGAGUACGAAAUCUACGUCAAUCCUUAG